UAACAGACGAGGCACAUGGACACCCAACAUGGAGGGAUUUAAACAAUGCUAAAUUGCAUCAAGUUUGAGCAAUCUGCAAGCAGUGGUGCAGACUCUGGAAGCGGCAUGGCCUCCAUCAGCAGCAGCAGCGGCCUGCGUGCCCUUACAGCGAGCCAGUGUGCCAACUCAUCAGAGGAGACUGGCUGAGGCUGACGUCACCCACCAAGCCUGUGUAAUCGAAAGAGACGCUAAUCCCGCUCCUCUCCAAAGCCUGACUGGGGGCGGGCGGGCAUAGGAGUACGGUUGAAGCAGGCAUGAGGAGGGAAGUUCCAAGGGAGAGCGUCUCAGCAAAGUUGGACAAGUGAAGUGGUCCUAAGGUGACCUUUCUGAUCCGUAAGGUCUCUGUUAGGGUGUGUGGGACGCCCUCGUCCAGGCCUCGUCCUGGAGACCAAGAGCCUUGCUGAGACCUCCGAGGAGGGGGAAUGCUGUGGGAGCUGCUUGCCUCCUUCUGCGACCUCCAUCAUGCAACCUGUGCUCACUGUGGAAGAGCCCAUCUUUACUACUGUGGAUCUUUGCCAGCUGGGACAAGAAGAAAACUACCUGACAGCAAAUGAGAGAGGGAUGGACAUCGGCGGCCAGGAAUCAAACCGUGAAGAUCUGCAAAGGAAGGAACAAAGACUACCUUUCCAGAUCUUCCCCGACCCGGUCGAGGUGGUCCUGGGUCCCGAGACGUCCUUGAACAGUUUGAGCGGGAACCACGAGAGGGAGCGCCUGCCCUCCAUCGUCGUGGAGCCCACCGAGGUGAGCGAGGUGGAGAGCGGGGAGCUGCGCUGGCCUCCUGAGAACAUGGACAUGGAUGAGGAGGACGAGGAGGACCUCUUCCUGGAGCAGUGCAUCCCCCCUGCCAACAUCGCCGACUGGGGAGAGGAGGAAGAGGACGAGGAGGAGGAGGAGGAAGAGACGUCGGUUAUUCUGAGUCAGCAGCAAGGCUUGACGCUCAUUGACUUACAGUCAGACGCGUUUCGAGACGACACGCCCACACUCCCGCCAAGUAGCGCUCCGGCCUUCAACUGACACUUCCGGCUGUACUGAGAGACUAAAUACACGUGUGUUGGUGAAAGAUGGAAAUAUGUUUCAGCCCUGAUAAAAAAAAAGCCCAGAAGCUCACAGAGAGUUUGCCAUAAAUGGGCUUGUCGGCAGCAGCAGCGACACGUUUUGCAACACGAGGAUGAACACACGUCGUAGAACACAUUCACACAACAUUUGUGUGUGUGUUUUACAGUCUUUGCUGACAUGGUAGUUUUUUUUUAGUUCACUUCUGUUGCAAGGGCCCAGUGAUGUCAUAGAGAUAAAAGAGGACAUGCAGGCCUGGUAUUUCUUUAUUUGGCUCAUUUUCUUCUACCCUAAGGCAGCAUUUAGCUUAUUGAACUCUUACAUCAAUCAUUUUCAACAGACUGGAUGGAAGACCUAUACAUUAUUAAAACAUCAAAUAUAUAUAUAUAUAUAUAUAUAUAUAUAUAUUUACAUUUUCUUUUUGUUUAACACAUCAUGUCACACCUAGGGAAGGCAGCUCUUGUUUGUGGAGCAACUGUCAUAGUGCAAUGUGAUGACAUUUAUUUUCCGUGAUUGUGUCUAUAGACUCACCUGUGAAUACUAUGUAUAUACACUAUAAUAAAUUAUUUUGUCCCACUGCAUCA